CUUUUAUUGUGCUCCCCGAAAUCAAAUCAAGAUCCUCUAAAUUGCCCUAACUAAAUUGCACAAUAAUCUCACAACUUUGAAAAGGAGAUAUAGCAUCGUUUGUCUCUGCUCUUUGAUUGCAGCGUCCGGCAUGUGAUUGAUGUGUGAAUUUUGAGGUGCUGUGUUCCGUUUGAUGAAAAUGAGUGUUAUCCGAGUUGCUCCAUGUCUUCCUGGGGUUUAUGCUCCCCCAAUCACGUCGUCUCAGUUGCGUCGCCGCGAUUUUAACUCAACGCCACCUUCAUUGCCGACGGCGUUUGACCCUAUCUCUGUCACUUCCCUGAGCCUAAAAGCCGAACCCUCGCCUCGCUUACAUUGCUUGCAUGGCCUCAAAUCUCGCCAACCUCUGCACGUUUGUUUCGCCGGUGGACAAGAAAUGAUGGAAAAUAACGGGAGCAAAUCUCUUCAGAAAGCUAUGGGACAAUUGAAGGGAUAUUCGAUAGAGGAUAUAUUGCGACAGCAAAUAGAAAAGGGCGGAAGUGGGGGAAAGCCUCCAGGAGGACGAGGUAGUGGUGGUGGUGGCAGCGACAACAGCUCUGGUGGAUCAGAUGGGAUGUCAAAUGAAACUCUUCAAGUUGUUUUAGCAUCAGUUUGCUUUAUAUUAAUGUAUAUUUUUGUCAUCAAUGGCUUAGAACUUCUAAAGCUAGCUAAGGACUGCAUCAAGUUUGUGUCUGGUAGAGGCCAGAGUGUUCGAUUGAAGCAAGCCGUGUACAAAUGGGUACGAAUUUACAAGAAUAUCAUUGAGAAGAUGGAAGCUGCCAGGAAUGGGUUGGAGAAAGCCUCCACUUGCUUGUUGGACCAUGAUUUCUUCCGAGGUGUCUUUAGGCAUAACAUGAAAUCAAAUCCAGAAGAAUAAUUUUUCCGUGUACCUAUUCAUAUAAAUUUUGGUUUCCUUCUUUAGGACAAAAAGUACAUUCAAUAUAUAUAUUUUUUGGGUAUACAUUCAAUAUCAUUCUUCGUUUGCUGAAAUUUCACCAUUUGAGAAUAACAGGUUAAAUUAAAUCAUUGCAGUUUUUGCAUAUAUUUUGUUCA